GUAACCAUGACAAUUUCCGUUAGGACCUCAUUUAGGACGUGAGGCCUGAGCAAUGACAUUUCCUCUCUCAAGAUCCAUUAAUGUACUAAAAACAUAUUUAAAUCAGUUCAUGUGAGUACAGUGGUUCAAUAUUAAUAUUAUAAAGCCACGAGAAUAUUUUUGGUGCGCCAAAAAAACAAAAUAACGACUUAUUUAGUGAUGGCCGAUUUCAAAACACUGCUUCAUGAAGAUUUUUGGGUGAACUAACCCUUUAUGUGCAUAAUCUUAUCUUAACUAUGUAUAGGAAACGGUAGUAUUAGGACUUUGUAAAUAGUUACAGAUUAAAACAUGGUAUCUUACAUUAAAUGACUGAUGAUCACACUAUCAUUCUGAGCUCAACAAACUCACACAGAAACAUGUUCCUUCAGAGCAGCAGAUCUACAGAGGAAUCUGAUCAUAUUUCUGCAAUAUAUUAUUAAUUUUCAGUCUGAACAUCUGGACUGUUUCUCAGGAAUCAGUUUGUUACUGAAUCUGCUCCUCAUGAAGAGAUCUCUUCAUUCACUCCCUCCAUCUACAUUCACUGCUGCUGCUGAGACUCGAACCCACCGAAAAACUACAAAGAUGGCAGACAGAACAGGAAACAGAAAGUAUAAGAAAAGUCCAGGAUCAACUUGGUUUAGUGUUUCUGCAUUGUGGUCUAAUGAUAAAAUUUAAAAAUCGACAUCUUUUAUACUCUGAACCCAUAGGAGUAUAACGGAGAACUAGAACUAGAACAAAUCCAAGGGAAGAGGAAGGACGCUCCUGACAGAUAUCCUCUGGCCCAGAUGCUUCAAUGUUCUGCUUCUGCUGCUUCUGCUGUUGUGCUUCAUCAAUUAUAUCGACUGAACAAAUCCCCUGCAAAGAUCACGCUCCAGACAUGGACACCAGUUCCAACAGCAACGAAUGCAAAUGUUAUCAGGACUGUCCCAUCAAAGUCCCCUUCAACAGGUUGAAUCUUCUUCUUCUGCUGUGUCUCGUCUAUCACAGCGAAUCCAGCUCUAUAUCUGUGACAGGAAUAAAGGGAGGCCGCGUGACCCUGUCAUGUGACUUUGAGGACAGAGAGAUUUCUGAUUUCAGUUUAAACAGUUUGUCAGAAAUCAUCCCUGUGUGUCAGGAGAAAAACUGUAGUGGUCGAGUGUUUAAAGAAGGAUCAUGUGACGUCAUCAUCAAGGAUCUGAUCUUCAGUGACGCUGGGAAAUACUUUCUACAUCUUUAUUACUAUAAUGAACAGAGAGAACUGGAGCAAGAAAUCUUCAAGUAUCAUCUUCAUAUUCACGGUGAGAUUUCUGUGGAAACAGGAGAGCAGCUGAAGAUGGAUGUUCUGUUGAUCAAUGCUGAUAAAGUGGAGAAAAACUCCAGUGGAGAGUGGACAGAGGUGUGGACGAGAGGUCACGGGGUCAGCAGUGAUCGACUGACCGACAGAGAUGGAAAUCUGACCAUUAGUAAUUUUACAGUCUCUGACACUGGAACAUACAGAGUUCUGGACUCUGAAGGAGAAAUCUGGAUCACAGUCACAGUCACAGAAUCGAAUCUGAAGAACACUGAUGAAGAUGAAACUGACUCUGAACAUCACACUGUAGGUUAUUGGAUUGUGGCAGUUGGACUGACUGUGAUUCUGGUUCUGUUUUUUGUGAUUCUGGCUGCUGUGGUGUUUCACGAACGGCUCAGAGAUCAUGUUCAGUGUGUCGAUAGAAGAAGGAAAGAGAGACUGAGAUCAGGAGAUCCAGAAACACUGAAGGUCUAUAAUGAUCUCAGUCGAGGGUCUGGAGAACAUGAUCAAACUCUACAGGACACACAGUGACAUCACUGGAUAAUACUGGGAUUCUCCACAUGAUUUUUAAAAUCUGAACAUACACUGUAAACGAUUUCUGUUGUUUUCACAGUAUUAUACCGUUUUCUCAACAGUUCCCUACUGUAGAAUCUAAGUACAGCAUAUUACUGUAGAUUUUGUCGUUUUCACAGCAUUUUUACUGUUUUCUUAACUGUAUAAGCUUUGUACAGUAUGUUGCUGUAGAUUUUCAAUGCAUUCUGGGAAAAUAUUAGCCUACUGUAUAUCUGAAUACAGUACUAAAUGACUCGCGCAUGAGACUCAUCAUGAAGAAGAAAGCCCACAAGAGUAUGCGUGCUGAAGAUGACGGCAGGACCAUCACGAGAGAGGCGGGAAGAGUCGUGAAGAUGAAAAGCAUACUAUGUGAAAUUGGAUGUCCGGGAGACGUGUGUGUCGCGUUCUUUAACGGUUCACCUGGAAACAAAUGCUGUGAUGCCAAACCCCCUCAUGGAAGAAGAACGGCGUCAUGUUUACAACUGUGACAACGAGCGCUUACCAGGAUCAACUAAACUCUGGAUAUUCAGAAGUAUGUGAAGUUCACAGCUCUAUUGUUGCAGUAAACUUACACAAUGUUCGUUUAUGAAUAAUUAUUUAGAUGCACACCGGUCUGUUAUUGUUGGUACAUCGACUUUCAUUUUCAUGCCUCAGAACAAAAUGAACUGUGAUUGGUUGCAUUACAUGUCAGUCAAACGUCUUCUUGGGCGGUCCAUAACCAAUGAAAGCUGCGAUAAAGUACUGACCUUCUAUAAACUAGCAAUUAUUGUUUUUAUUUUAUCCAUCAAUGUUGUACAACAAAAAGGAAAGUGUUCAUAGUGUGAAGAGUGAGAAUGAAUAUCUGUGUCUGUGAAAGACAGUGUGGAUGUACAUGUGAAUAUUUUAUACAGUUUUGGAUUUAAAAAUGAUAUUUAUAUGUUGAUUUUGAUUGUUUAAUCAGUGAUAUUCACUGUUCUUUGUGUAAAAAAUGCAUGUAAACAAAAAAACAGUAACACUUUAUAAUAUGAUUUCUGUAGUUAACAUGAACUGCUAAUGAACUGUACUUAUACAGCAUUUAUUCAUCUUUAAUAUUCAUUCCAACAUUUAUGAAUACAUUAUUAUGAUCAAUGUACUGUGAACAUGAACAAUGAACAGCUGUACUUUAUGAACUAAUACUAACAAAGAUUAAUAAAUACAAUAACAAAUGAA